CACUGCGCGCAUGUGGUCGGAGUGGGUGGGGCCUGAGAGAUUCGAAAGAAGCACCGCCCCCUCGGAUAGCAGAUUCCCCGGGCUAAGCUGUGGGAGAAAAGCUAAGUCCGUGGGCGGUGCUGUGGGGCGGAAAGUGGAAACUCGGGGUAGGCUGGGGGUGUGGCGUGGCCGUACUGCCCCGGGGAGUGGAAAGGUGGCUUGGGGAGAGGAAGAACCUGGAGGAAGGUGGCAGGGAAGAAGAUAGGACGCGUGGAAUGCCCCCAGUGUGGAGAGGCCGGGUCGCAGAGGGACAAUCAGCGAAGGGGGAUUGGGUUUCACCGGGAGCUCUCUGCACCUUCCGCGGAGGUAACGGUAGCAAACCAGAGCAACUACUACUCCUGGAAAGCUUGCUUUACUCCAGGAUGACGCUCAACUCCUGGCUUGCACCCUGACUGUACCUGGGAGUGUUGGGCAUGAUGAAGACCUGAGGAAAGGUAUGCUUUCUCUCCCCUUCAGGUCUAAGCUGACUGCUGCUCCUGCUGGCUGGAACAUGGGAGAUUUGCAGGAAGAUGUCAAGUUUAUAGUGGAUGAGACUUUGGACUUUGGAGGGCUGUCACCAUCGGACAGUCGUGAGGAGGAAGAUAUAGCCGUGUUGGUGAUUCCGGAGAAACCCCUCCGACGAGGCCUCUCCCACCGAAGUGACCCAAAUGCACUGGCCCCCACCCCUCAGGGUGUGAGGUUCAGCUUAGGGCGCCUGAGCCCAGAGAAGCUGGAGGAGAUCCUCCAUGAGGCCAACAGGCUGGCUGCGCAGCUGGAGCAGUGUGCCCUGCAGGAUCGGGAGAGGGCGGGCGAGGGCCCAGGGUCUCGCAGAAUGAAGCCCAGCCCUCGGCGGGAGACCUUUGUGCUGAAGGACAGUCCUGUCCGAGACCUGCUGCCCACUGUCAGCUCUUUGGCUCGAAGCACCCCCUCUCCAAGCAGCCACACACCCCGACUCCGGAGCAGCGAUAAGAAGGGGUCAGUCAAGGCUCUUCGGGCUACAUCUGGAAAGAGGCCUUCCAGUGCAAAGAGGGAGUCGCCCACUUGCCAUCUGUUCCCCACAUCCACAAGCCCAGCAUCUUCUCCUCUUGCCCGAUCAACUCCUCCAACCCGAUCAACUCCUCCUACUCGAUCAACUCCUCCAACCCGAUCAACCCAUCCAACCCGAUCAACCCCUCCAACCCGAUCAACCCCUCCUACCCGAUCAACCCCUCCUACCCGAUCAACCCCUCCAGUCCGAUCAACUCCUCCAACCAGGGAAAAAGCUGGGCCCAGUGGGAGAGCAGCAGCAAGCCCGCCUGUCCCCGUCAGACCAGUCUUGGCCCCACAGCCUUCUACCAGCAACUCUCAGCGCCUGUCUCGGCCACAGGGAGCAGCCACUAAACCUUCCAGCCGACUACCUGUUCCCUCGGCCAUCCCCAAGCCAGCCAGCCGAGUGCCACUCACCAGCCGGAGUGUACCACCCAGCAAAGGUGCCCUAGCUCCGGAUUCAGUGUCAGCUCGGAAAGGACUUCCAAGACCAAGUGCUGCAGGGCACAGAGUUCCUGUCUUCCAGCGACCACAUCUUCCUGGUGCCACGCGCAGCAACCUGCAUCCUCCCAGAAAAGUGGCAGCCCCAGGACCUACCAGGUAAAGCGAUCAGGACAGCAAGCAAGAGGAAUUCAGUAGCAAACCACUACAGUCCCUGCCUGGGACGUACCUCUCCUCUGCCCUCCCAAGCCCUUUCAUGGGAAGCAGUUCCUGACUCCCGCAGAUUCUGGCCCAGGGGCAAGAGGAGGACAUGCACCAGAGCUGGUGCCCCAGGAAGAUGGGGUGGGUUAGGGUUGAGCUAGAGGGGAUUCAAACUCUUUGGAUGGAAAGAUUAGGGAAAAGAGGUCACUCCUCAGCAGUGAAAUUAACAAAACAGGUGUCCUCAUCCCUGUCCCCCACCACCACCAGCUGUUAUGUGCAGCCCACACAGGUGGAUCUUCUUCCCAGGCAGUGGUUCACAGGGCAGUUUAUACCUGUGCAUGGCCUCUGUAGCUGCCCUCUCUGCCCUCCAAGGAGCAGUCCUCUGGAAUCACAGCCCCUGCUGGACACAGAGGCAGGCUCCUGGCCCCCAGAACUUCUUUCCUGUGAAUUCUGUGACUCUUAACAGGCCAGUUGAUGAUAAGCAUCCUCCUUUGGCCUGCAUUUUUCUAAAAUAAAAUGAGUGUAUUUUUA